CGCUAUCAGCCAUUAGAGCUCACUUAGACAGUGUUAGGUUGAGUUGUUAGGGCUAAGUACUAAGUGCUUAAUGAAGUUGAAUAUUAAAACCGGAUGGUGGAAAGGAAUUUGAACACCAGUGCAAUAACAUCUUUCAAGCCAUAAUGGCAACGGGUCAAGCCUCUCAGCUGAUAAUACCAAUACCUCCAAACUGGAUCAACAUUGGCAAAGAACUAGAAAGAUGGAAUAGCCUCAAAUUUGAACUCCAGCAAGACUCCAAUGAGAAGUUGGCCAAACUUCUCAUGGAUGUGUAUAACAAUUACAAACCACUUACAACACUAUGCAAGAAAAUGGAAGGAACAUCCUCAGAUAGUGAUGAGGGAGAUGUGGAUGAUGAUGAUGAUGAUGACCUUGAGAUCUCCACCAAAGGGCCACAUGAAGCAGAUCAUGACCUUUCUAGCAGUCUUAAUACCCUUGACACCAGGUGGCAGCACAAGGCAUACUAUUUAAAGCCCAUUACUCUAAAUUCAGUUGGCACGAGCAAGCAGCUCGUGUCUCUUAGCAAACGCAAACAAAUCGAGUCAAAUAAAGAGGCAGAUAAACAGCGCAUAUCUUCUGCCGGAGGGCGGUCUCAGCUGAAUAAAAACUUAAGGAAUGCAGAUCGUUCUGACGUAAGAGGGCAGCUCAGAUCUGCUCUGCAAGGUGUGGUUGCCAAAGACGCACCUGAUCACACUGAUAAUAGGGAAACUGACAUUUCUUUGGAUCAUGACUAUUUGAAUAACCUUCCCAACCAAGGAGAAAUGGGUAAACCAAAUAUGGGUGAAGUCUCUGAGGUCGAUGUGAUAAAAAAUGAACCCUGCAUGACUGAUAGCGAUAGUAAUGACAGCAAAGUGGGGAGUGAAUCAGAGGGCGAAAGUGAUGUGAAAAGCGAGCAGAGUAUUGUCAAGAAUGAAGAGGCAACCAUCUACAUCUGUGAGAUUUGUUGUGCUAACUUCACAUCUGAAGAUGUUUUCUCUAAACAUCAAUUAACCCAUUUAAAAGACAUGAGUUCAUGUAGGUACUGCGACGAGACAUUCCCAUACAAAAGAAUUCGGGACGCCCAUGAAAGAACCCAUAGUGCUUACACCCCCAAUAUGUGUCAGUACUGUGGUAGAAUGUAUCGUCAAAGAGCAGAAUGUGUGAAACACGAAGUAUUAGUGCACUCGGCUGAAAAACCUUAUUACUGUAAAUGUUGCAAUAAGGGGUUUUUGUCCGAAAGUGGGGCAAGGUACCACAAGAAGAUGCUUCAGAACAAGGUGAAGAAACCACACCUCUGCCAGUUUUGUUCCAGAAGAUUCUCAGUCAAAGCAGAGCUUGAGAUGCACGAGAGGAGACACACUGGAGAAAAACCAUACACGUGUCGCAUCUGCGGUAAAACCUUCAGCAGGAAAGACUCCGUCCUGUUCCACGUGCGAUCUCACACGGGAGAGAGACCGCACCAGUGCCGAUUUUGUGAGAAAGCCUUCAAACGGCACGUUUCGCGUCUGAAACAUGAAAAGGCCAUGCACAAGAAGAAGCCCAAGCACCAGUGCCCGCACUGUCCCGAGGGUUUCAAAUCCAAAAAAGACCUCCGCAACCAUGAGGUGUUGUCACACAACUGAAAGAGAUUUCCACUCUUGCAGUUUGUGCAAGGAGGGUUUUUAUUAAGGGAAAGAUGCGUAGAGCUACAUAUGAAAGAAACACACCAUAAAUUAUUGAAAUGAAGCACACCACAGUGGGUUUUUCAAUGCCGGUAUAUUUAAAGGAAUAACAACUUUUCAUGUUAGAUUUAAAAGUCUACAAUAAAUACAUUGUAAGCAACACACAGAAAUAGACAAAAAA